UACAAGGACCCGAGUAGUGUUGGUGUGGCCCAGCAUUUAACCAACACUGUGUUUAUUGACCGAGCUCUUAUUGUUGUGCCAUGCGCCGAAGAUGACUAGAGUGGCCCAGGCGUUACAGUACUACACUAGCCUGACUCAAGGCUUUGUUUUCCAAGCCACUAAACCCGCUGGGGCCCACGCUGCCUUCAAGGGGGGAUUGUGACCAGGAGCGUAGCUGCUGAACCUUCCAAGAUGGACACCUUGUCUCUUUUUUUUUUUUUUUUUCUUUUCUUUCCCCUGUUUCUUUUCCUUUUGUCUCUUUUUUUUUUUUUUUUCCUCUGACAUUGUGUCUUGUUUGCCUCUUAGAAGAGGCUAUUGCAUAAUUCAUUGUUUUCUUUUUGGUUUUGUUUCUUUUUUUUUUUUUCCUUCUGUCCCCAAGUCCCCACCAUUCCUCCUCUUCCCUAUGCAGUUGUCCACUUUUGCGUGUCUCUCAAAGCUGUCCAGGUUGGCAUCCAGUAAUGAAGGGGAAUUUCAACGGUACACAGGCAGCCGUGGCUGGCGAUUAAUUCUGAUCUCUGUUUAAUCUCUCUCUCUCUCUCUCUCUCUCUCUCUCUCUCUAUCGGUAUUGCCAUGCUUUCACUUUGUCUUAAGGAUCCUGUAUGAUAACCACAAAUACUCUUUCAGCUUACCGUUAUGACUGAGCACUUAUAUUAACUUGAAUUAACCUUUACUUAAGGAUUAAGGAAGUUACUGUACAUAUUAUCGGCUAGUUGAUUAAAAGGAAUCUAGCUACCUAUUUAUUUAUUUACUUACUUAUUGGAUGAAUCAAUUUCGAUUCUAAUCUACCCAUACGCUUUUCUUACCCAACACGAUCAAGUAUUAGACAGUCUUUCACUCAACGCAUGCAAGAAUUAAUUAAAAAAAAAAAAACUUUUUUUCCCCCACGAGUUACACUUUCUUUUGGGGGGAGGAAUGGGAAAUUUUUUUAAGUUUUUUUUUUUUUUUGAAAGACACUUAAAAUGUUCUUCUCUUCUGUAUCUGAUGUUCUGUGUGCUAUUAGUGAUGCAGCCAACAUGAACGGUUGUCUUGUGUUGCACACCCUUUCCAACACUGCGACACGAUUGCCCCAAGGAGAAAAGCGCCCAUGCUUGAUAUCGUAUGGUUCAUGCCCAUUAUGUUUCCAGUACAGGAAAGAUCCCAGAGGAAGCCAAGGCUCUGUCCCUUCUGGCACCUGCAGCCCCAGUGCCCAGUUUGAUGCCCGGUGGAGGACUGCUGCCCAUCCCGAGUCCUGCCCCACUGCAGAAUCAGCUGGGUUUGCCGCUGGCAGCCCGGGGCCCGCUGCACCUUGGGCUUGACUCCUCGCUGAGCUCCAUCUCUUCUCAACCCCCCAUCAUGGGCAACGUGGACCCCUCCAAAAUCGACGAGAUCCGCAGGACGGUGUAUGUUGGCAAUCUCAAUUCUCAGACCACCACGGCAGAGCAGCUGCUGGAGUUCUUCAAGCAGGUCGGCGAGGUGAAGUUCGUGCGCAUGGCGGGAGACGAGACUCAGCCGACUCGCUUUGCCUUCGUGGAGUUCGCCAACCAGGAAUGCGUGGCCCGAGCGCUCGCCUUUAACGGAGUCAUGUUUGGAGACAGACCUUUAAAGAUCAACCAUUCCAACAACGCCAUCGUGAAGCCUCCGGAGCUGACUCCUCAGGCGGCUGCUAAAGAACUGGAGGAUGUGAUGAAGCGUGUGAGAGAGGCUCAGUCCACCAUCGCGGCAGCCAUCGAGCCAGGUUCUUCUUUAUCACAGGCUUUACAGUUUGUACACCUAGAAACAGAGGGCAAAAAGCGCUCGUCUAGCAGAUCCAGGAGAUCUAGAAGAUCCCAUUCUCGAUCUCGUUCUCGCUCUCGUUCUCGUUCACAGCGGAGACGCUCCCGAUCCAGACACAGGGGCCAGCCAUCGCAGAGGUCAUGGCGGAGGAUGAACGACUCGCACAAGAGACGCUCCAGAGACAGGAGAUACAGUCGCUCACGUUCCAGAGAAAGACUGGGAGAUGGGAAGAUGAGGAGGGGGGGUGAUGCUAACAACAGGAGGAGGGACAAAAGGGGAAGAAUGCCUUUUAAAGGUUACAGAAGAUCCUCGAGAUCCCCCAGCAGCAGCAGGGGACACAGAAGGAGGAGCAGAUCACGGUCCAGAUCGGUAAGGAAGAAAGCAAGGUCUCCAUCACCAAGGAGUUCCCUCAGAGGAAAGAAAGACCGGAGGAGAGAACACGGGCGGGACGGCAGCAGGGAGUGGAGGGAGAGAUCAACAUCCAGGAGGAGGAGCAGGGACUCAGACAGGCAGGAGAGCAAAGCAAAGUCCAAACAGAUGGAGAGCGGGUACAAGCAGAAGGAACACGACUACGAGAGCGAUGGUGAGGACAUGGGCUCGGGUGCCAGCGAAGACUUUUCUCCUCACGGCCAUCACAACGGCGAGUACGGCAUCGUGCACGCAGACUAGUGCGAGGAGUUCUCCACAGCUGAGUGAACUGGAUCAAACCUUAAUAACUGAGCUACAGAGAGCUGACACCUUUCUUGUAAGGGUUCACAUACUUGAAAUGUUCAUGUUCCUCUUUGUACAGUAUUCUCUCUCUUCCCCUCCCCCCAUUAUGUUAGAUUCUUAGAACUGUUUUUUUUUUUUUUUUUUUGUGUACUAAUUAUAUCCGAGCUAUAUUGAAAUAUACUGUAUGCUUGUGUAUAGCUCGAGAUUUCUUUUCUUCUGUCGGUCAUUUUUAGAUAUGAAGCACCUCAUGGACCUGAAUUAUUAUUAUUAUUAUUAUUAUUAUUAUUACUCCUCUUCAUGAUAUCUAUUGUUCUGACUUUUUACAAGAAGCCGGGGAUAAUUUCUUUUUCAUGUUCAUUUGUGUAGUUAUGCAAAUGCCCUCAGUUAUUAAGAGUAUAACCUUAGUAAUUACAUUUAAAUUUAAAAGAAAUACUUGGGGGGGACGACACCUAGUAUGUAAAAAGUGCCUGGAAAAAAGUUGCACAUAUGUAAAAAUGAUAACCAUACAUAUACAGUAGCUUGUGCAUUUAUCAACGUAUAACUCGUUAACAAGGCUGGUAGUCAGUGCUUUUUAGAUGUGUUUUUUUUUUUUUUUUGCCACAGUAUUUUGCAUAAACUAGUAAUGAUACAGUAUACAGUACUUUUACUGUACAGUGAUUUAUUAAAUCCGUCCAUCUGAAUUUCAGUUUUUUUCCCUCCCCUGUCAUGUUUUAUGUGCAAGUCUUUACAUUUGAAGUAAUAAUUGAUGUCUACUGUUUAAAACAAAAAAAAAACCUGAUGAGUUAUACGUUGUCUGAUACAAGUUGGGGAACAUUACAAAGGUUCUGAAAAUUAUUUUUUUAUAUCAGUUGUUUAGUCUAAGAUGUAGUUUGGUCAUUAUAUAUAGUGUGUAUAGUUGAGGGCAGAUGUUUGCACACCAUUGUGUGGUGAUUUAAAUAAAAAUAAGUAUCUUAAAACAUUUCCAUCAAGAAGGUUUGUAGUGUAUGCUGUGACAUUAAUGGGGGUGUCGUCGAAGCUUGCUUUUCUCCCCCCCUUCGUGUCAUAACUGUUCUCUUCAUUGUCAUCUAAUCGAUUCUGGAGUCACUGGAAGUUUCUUUUUAAACUGUCUUGGUUCGUUGUUUAAUUGCAGGAUGUGCCCACAUUUCAUAUUUACCUGCCUAGAAUUUUAUUUUGUUGUUGAACUGUUAAAAAAAAAAAAAAAAAAAGAAAUAAAUUUUACAUUUUCUCGACAUAGGAGGUGCAAACUUUUGCACUCCGCUGUAUGACUAUUGAAACUAACAUGUAAAACACGACCUCAAGAGAAAGUGAUGGUUCUUGACCUAUAUUCUUUUGUGCAUUGUGGUUUCUGUGGAUACAUUUUACCUAUUUUUGGAAAUGAACAUGUGUACAUUUAAAAUGAAUAAAUAUUCCCUAAAACAUAUUAAA